GCCAACGGCGAGCAACAGAAAGUCACAUUUUGGUCCACCCGAAAAGUUCUCUUCUCUAGCCAAGUAGAGUAGUUUCCAAGGAAGAUCUAAAGAAAAAUCUCGAGAAAUCUUAAAACCAAAAUGAAGCUGUACUUAGCCUACGCAAUCCUUUUGGCCAGCUGCCUGCUGUUCGCACAGGCGGCUCCCGAGAAGAAGAACAGCCUGGCGCAGAAGUCGCGUCAGGCGGAGCAGGCUGAUGCCAAGCUGGGUGGAGUGGCCGGAUCAUCAUCCUCUUCCCCAGCUGGAGCCAAGGAUCCCUCCAGCGGGCGGCUGUUCCUCAAGAAGUUCCUGACCUUCAAGAACCUGUUCAGCAGCAGCAACCAGCCGGUGAUCCCGAUCAUCAUCACGGGCGCCGGCACAGGAACGACCACGGGAACGACCUCGCCCACCUCGCCCACGGUGACGGUGACCUCGACGGGCACCAUUCCCUCGGCCACGGGCACCAUCACCACCUCGCCGACCACCACCUCGCCCACCACCACCUCCACGGGCCGACGCACGGUGAUCAAGGGCGCCCGCUACGGCAGCCAGGACCAGGAGGAGCAGGAGCAGGGGGAGCUGGAGGACCAGAAGGACCAGGAGCAGGCGGAGGACCAGGAACUGGACCAGGCCGCCCAGAUGCCCGCCCAGGCCUAUCCCGCCGACCUGAUGGACGAGCAGGCUCUGCAGGCCGCUUUGGCUGCCGGCGCCCAGGAGUACGAGGUGGUGACCACCGACCACGAGCUGCAGGGCACCGGAGGCUCCUCCGCCGAGGGCGCGAAGGCCACCCAGUCGAACAGCAACACGAUUAGUUUGAGGCGCAAGGGCGCCCGCCGCGGCCAGGUGAUCAGCGUCCGCAUUCCGCCCCGGUACCGCCGCUACUUCAAGAACGGCCAGAAGGUGAUGCUCAACACCGGCAGUCGUCCGGGCUCCAAGCGCCGCGUCGUCCGCAAGCGGGUGCCCGCCAAGAAGGUCAACAAGGGCAACAAGCAGAACAACCGGCGGCGCAACGGCAACAAGAAGAACCGUCGCAACCGCAACAAGAACCGCCGCAACCGCCUGACCGCCGUCUAGGGAUCGCGAUCGAGGGACUUCCACGAUAUCCGACUUCACGACUUCGGGGGAUCCGGAUUCGAUUCCGGCCAUCCACACGAGCAUGAGCAUUUUUUUUUUCUAAUUUAUUGUAGCCUAACUUGCGACCGCCACACUUCCUGCGGCAGGAUAUACCAUUAAUAAAGCCCUUUCAAAAGUAA